AUGAAAGGCAAUUCACUCAUUACACUCUCCCCGCAUUCAAGAAAACUGUAUCUUAACCGCAAAAAUUGGACAACUAAAAGCCAUUUUGUUAACGUCCUCAAGUGUCUUCCUACAUUAGAUAAUUCAGUUACAGAAGGCUCAUCAACUUCAACAAAUGCAGGCGAUUUAUUCAAACAUAUUGCUAGCACAAGUCCCAUCUACAGACACAUAGCCGAUGAACAAUUUGGCGAACUCAGCGAACAAAUUGUCCAAGAAAUAAAUAAAGAUUGGGCAUUUUUUCCCCAACUGCGGUUUGCUACGUCGCAGAUGUUCGCAGGGUAUAUUUUGUUGAGCGGUUCAACAGCUUUAAUGGUUAAUUGUGUCGAACCAUAUGGCCGAUUAAAGUCAGUUGAUGCUCACCAUGAACGUCGAACUAGUUCUUCUAUUCACCAAUCUUCAUUUCCGAAAUCAAAAUCAAAAUAUGGACAGAUAGAAAUUGCCUCACUCAUGAUGACAAUACAACGAAGCUGA